AUGCGUUGGCAUGAUGUCACUCCGGCUGGCCGCAUGCUCAAUAGGUUCGGAAAAGAUAUUGAAACCAUUGACACCAAUCUCGCGGGCUCCUUAUCAGCUGUCAACUCUUCGUUGGCGACGUUUGCGGCUGCGAUCAUCACCGUCGUUGUUUUUUUCCCGAUUUUCCUUAUCCCUGCUGUGGUCAUAGGUUUCUUCUACCGCCUGCUAGCUCUCGGGUACCUGAAGACUGGCAGAGAUCUUCGUCGUAUGGAGUCUAAUUCCCGGUCGCCUAUCUUCUCUGGCUUUAGCGAGUUGCUCGAAGGUAUUGUUAUUCGGUUCGGGCCUUCUCUGCUGAACAGCGCUUUUUGGACGACUACACGACAAGAUCGACGUUACUACCAAGUAGACUCAAAAUUUUGA